AUGCCUCCCCCAACCGAGCGCCAGUCGAACGGCGACCACGCGAAACCCGUCAAAGUAGGCCCUCACCCAGGCCACAUCCGCUCCUCGAACCAGUACACCCCAGAUGCCAUCGUCCGCUCGCUCGUCUCGUCCCGCGAGGACAUCCAUCGUCUCCAGGGCGUGUCCCUCCUCAACUCUGUACGCACGCAUCUGCAGCUGCCCGUGCGCACCUUUGCGACGUCAUGCAUCUACUUUCACCGCUUCCGUCUGUCCUUUCGCGACGCCGACUACAGCUACCAGGAUGCCGCCAUGGCCAGCCUCUUCGUCGCCUGCAAGGUUGAGGACACCAUCAAGAAAAGCCGGGAGAUCCUCGCCGCGGCGCACAACAUCAAGAACCCCGACAAGCCGCUCGCGCCGGACGACAAGGUCUUUGAGGGACCGAGCAAGGUCAUCAUAGGGUUGGAGAGGUUGAUCCUGGAGACCAUUGGGUUCGACUUUCGAACGCGGUACCCCCAGAAACUUCUCGUCAAGACCAUCCGCCAUGUCCUGGCGCGAGACGAUCCCACAGGCCAGCCCUUUUUCGCGACGGCCUACGCCAUGAGCAUCGACAUGUACAAGACCUUUAUCCCCAUCAAACGCACCACCUUCUCCAUGGUCAUGGCCAUUGUCGAGCUCACCGCGCGCCUCCUGGGCGGAGAUCCCGCCACCGUCGAGCGCGCCAUCGACUUUGGCCAGUCGAAACGCCAAUACUCCCGUCCCGCCGUCAUGGAGACCAUCCUCGACCUCCUCGACCUGUACAUCCAGCAUCCCAAGUCCACCCGCCUCGGGACACAGUUUGACAUACAACUGUUGAUGGACAUCAAGAUCAAACUCAACCGCGACCUCGAAAGCAAGGACAUGCCGCGCCAUCUGUCGCCCUACUGCCCACGCUGCGAGGCCACGCCGUCGGUGAUGAACGGCGAGGACGCGAGCGACGCCCACACACCCUCGGUCACGUCACCCGCCACACCGGCUUCGUCGGGGACAUCGCUGAAACCAAAGGGGCAGGACAGCACCAUGCGGUUUGUGUUUGACCCGGAAGCAGCCGGUGCAGAGCGCGACACGGUGAGGACAUACUUCACUGAGGACUUUGAGGAGUACGAGGUCGAGGUUGACGAGCCUAUCCCGCCGCCGCCGCAACAUCCCACGGGACCAUCUCACAGAGAAGAUACAGGCGGCGGUCGAGGGCGAGGUCGAGGGGGCCAUAGAUAGAUGUCGAAUUGCGAUGGAUGCACACAAAGAUUCCCGAUAU